AUGGAAGUUUAUGACCAAGCCGAGACAUUCUCUGAGAAGGAUGGAGAUCUGGAAUUUUCCCACACCAAAGCCAUCCUCCGACAAGGCGACCAGUUUUUCUACUGUUUAUCUCAGCGUCGCCUUUCUCUUGGCUCCACGGUUGAUUUCCUACCUUCGGACCUCCACGAAAUCCCCCUGGAUAUAAUCUGGCACAAGGUUGACCUCGAGUUAACCGAAGCGCCCAGGCCUUUGCCUCUCGAUUGUUACAUGAAACAGCCAAGGUUGAUCGAAUAUGGUGAUACAGAGGCAUCACUCAACCCUGGCGCUCAACUUCUGCAUGAGGCAACCAUAUGGGAGGUUUUGAGCAAGUCUCCUCAUCCAAAUAUCGCUCGGUUCCUUGGCUGUAACUAUCUGAUAGGACAGCCAUCUUGGCAAUCUAUUUACCUCACUAUAGUAAAUCACAUCCCUGCUGUGUGGAAUCCGAAAUCCUAA